UCCACAUUCUGUAGUGAUGGAUUUCAGAGGGGCCCUCAGGGGUGUAAAGGUUAAGGAACCUGCCUGCACUCUCCUAAAGGCAAACAACAUUUUGCUAGCCUUGAGUAAAGUCCAAUGGGAAUCACAGAGAGACAGAACAGCCUGAGAGGCAGCAGCAAAACCGACGAAACAGAACCCAGACUCGCCGCAUCAUCCUCAAACGGAGGUCUUCUAUCAUGGAUCUUCUCCACAGCUGGGGGGUCGAGCUGGCCGUCCACCUGCAGACGACACACAGCAGUUAUCAAGGCUGGCUCGACCUGGCGUCCACAGUGGCAGAUCUGCAUACCACCUUCUUCUGCUGGUUCCCUGUCUGGUUCUACCUGCAGAGGAACACCGGACUCCGGCUCAUCUGGGUGGCGGUCAUCGGAGACUGGCUCAACCUGGUUCUCAAAUGGGUACUUUUUGGGGAAAGACCCUACUGGUGGGUUCAUGAGACCCAGUUUUAUGGAGCAGGACCAAGACCUCCACUGCAGCAGUUCCCCAUCACCUGUGAAACCGGACCAGGAAGCCCUUCAGGUCAUGCUAUGGGUGCAGCUGGUGUCUGGUAUGUGAUGAUAACAGCGCUGCUCGCCGUCGCAUCAGAACAACAAUGUCCUCCUUUACUAUACAAGUUGCUGCAGAUGAUCCUGUGGACACUGAUGAUCCUGGUGAUGCUGGUGGUCUGCAUGUCCAGAGUCUUCAUGGCUGCUCACUUCCCACACCAGGUCAUCGCAGGAGCCAUCACAGGUGUGCUGGUAGCCGAGGUUGUCUCCAAGGAGAAAUGGAUCUACAGCACCAGCAUGACCAAGUACUUCUUCAUCACGCUCUUCCUCACCUCUUUCGCUGUGGGCUUCUACCUGCUGCUCAAGUUUCUGGGCGUUGACCUGCUGUGGACUUUGGAGAAGGCCCAGAAGUGGUGCGUAGAUCCAGAGUGGGUCCACCUGGACUCAACGCCGUUCGCCAGCCUGCUGAGGAACAUGGGGUCUCUGUUCGGACUGGGACUGGGCCUCCACUCGCCGCUGUACACCCACAAGAAGAACAGUAGCAGCAGUUUCAGGCUGGGAUGUAUUUUGGUGUCUUUGGUCCUGCUGCAGCUGCUGGACGGAUGGACAUUUUCCUCUGAGAACCAUGUGACUUUCUAUGUUCUGUCUUUCGGUAAGAGUGCCGUCGCUCUUUUAAUCCCGACCACUCUGGUACCGUGGGCUCUCUGCAGGAUUCUCACAGAAAAGAGAGAAGACAAAAACAUGUGAUUUAGGUCAAUUACAAGUCAUUUUUUUUAUAUUUACCAUCAUAGUCUCUUGUCAUUUUUAAGAUUUUAGAACGUUUAGAGUUUCGGGAUAAUGUCAGUGAAGUAAAAAAGGUGUAUUUCCACUGCAGGAAGGUGUGAUGUGGUAUGAAUCUACCCAGGAAUCGACUCUUUGACUGCAAUUUUAAGUCAGAGUGCUCCAAAACAAUAAAUAGCAGUUACUGUAAAAAAAAAAAAAAAAA